UGUCGGAACGUGAAUAUCAAACCCUACGCGAGCAGGGCUGGCCUACCAAUCUUGUUCUCUGGAUCGCCUCCUUCGCUACUGGGAGAUCAGUCCAGAUCCGACUCGACGGAGAGACUGGCCCCUCAAUUGAUAUUACCUGUGGUCUACCACAAGGAUCUCCAGUAUCUGGUAUUCUUUUCAUGCUCUACACAUCGCCCUUAUUCCGUCUGGGAAACCCAAGGAACAGAUUUGGCUACGCGGACAACGCAGCUAAUCUAGCAAUCUCUUCAUCUCUUGCCACUAACUGCCAAGCCUUAUCAAACUCUCUUCAAGAAGCUCUUGACUGGGGCGCCGCAGAGGGCAUUACAUUCGCACCAGAUAAAUACGAGCUCCUCCACUUCUCCCAACAUACAGUAGACCAGGAUCCCACCUGCACACCUUCA